GUUACACAUCGCAUCACUCCCCUUCGCAUUACAGCCCGGAUUGAAGUGACUAGUCUCUUGACUUGACCGGCCGAUUCUCUGGCGCUGAGCCGCGGAACGUCAAAGAACGCUGUAUGAACGUCAAAGAACGCUAUAUGCAUUUGUUUCGUAGUAUAUAUGCAGUUCUCCUCGCCGCGAUCCCCGCUUAGGUAUAACGUUCGCUGAAUUCCGCGGCCCUAGACAAGCGAAUUCUUAGGCGCGCGGGGCUCUAGACCUGCGGAGACACAAUCGCGGGGAGACAGAAUUGUGGGAAGACACAAUCGGGCAGAAACACCAUUGCGCGGAGACACAAUUGCGCGGAGACAUAAGCGCAGAGCCCUAGGGGCUGGGAAUUAGCCAUGCGCUCGUAGGUAGCGGGGGAAACUUCCGCCGGGAAACAUUCCGCAGAGGAGGCAAGGGGGAAGCGGGGACAAGGCGCGGGGAGACACAAGGGCUCAGAAUCCCGGGGAUCGCGAUUAGCAAUGUGCGCUCGUAAAUAACGGGGAGAAACUUCCGCCGGGAAAAAACCCGCAGAGGCAAGGGGGAAGGGGGGAGAAAGCGCGGGGAGACAUAAGGGCUUGGAAUCCUGGGGACCGCGAUUAGCAAUGUGCGCUCGUAGGUAGCGGGGGUUACUUCCGCCGGGAAAUAUUCCGCGGAGUGGGGGAAGGGGAGAAGGAGGCAGAAAGGAAAGAUCGAGCAAUUGGGAUUGAGCGCCCUUAGAUUUCUAGGAGGACUCAAAUCCGUGCUUAUAACGGAAGGAAAAUAGAGAAGAAUUGUAGAGAACGGCGGCACAGAUGGCAGGCGGGGGAACGGGCGCAAUGUUCGCGCGCGAGGGGAUUCAAGCGGAGACAAUUCCGGGGAUCGGAUUGCGCGCACAGGGACUCCUGGCGGGAGGCGCGGGGAAUUUCUCCGCUGGAGCGAGGGGGGGAAUUCCGCCGGUUGCGGAAGCCGGCGCGGGGGUCGCGGGGAUCGGGUGGUCGGCGGAAAAGUACCGCGAUUUCGUGGAGAGUAUCGUGGAGGAAGGCGCGCGGCUGGCGCAGCAGCAGCGCGGGGGAAGUGGAAAUCCGCACAGGGGAAGCGGAAACGCGCAGCAGCAGCUGAAUCCGCAGGGCGGUCAACAAAGGCCGCGGAAACAACGGGCAGGAGGCGAGGGGGGAAUAAGCGGGGCGAGAGCAGCGAGGGGAGCGCAAUCUUGCGCCGACGGCGGAAUUGCUACGCGCGGAGGGAAUGCGUCGGCGGAAUUCGAACUUUCGCCGUCCGCGAAUAGCACUCCUGACGAAAUUGGUAACGGCGACUCGUCGCAGGCUGCAGCGCUGGCUUCUGUGUUACAAUUCUUCGCCGAAUCGUUGGCGCAACACGAGGGGGCGGCGGAAAAGGGGGCGGAAAUUCCAACGACUCCGAGAAACCGCGCGCAGGACAAAACGCGCACGCCGCGUGCCACGUCAGAUUCCGCGUCAGCGGCUCCGCAGAGCCGCGCAGAGGCAAGCGCGGGCGGAAAUUGUGCCGCGCGGGCUGCGGCAACGGGCGCGGACGGGGGGGAAUGUGCGAAAACGGAAGAAAUGUGGGGCGAAAGCGUGUCGAUUUCGGACCUUGGAACUUUUCGAAUGGGCAGACAAGAUUUUGUUCCGGCCAAGACUGGUGGGCUCUGCAGCGGAAUGGGCCAAGGGGCAAGCGGCGGGAACUGGAACGGGCAGACAAAGGGGCAGGCGGGCAAAGGAGUGCAGAAGAACAAGGGGAGGCAACAGCAGCAGCAGCAGCAGCAGCAGCAGGGCAGCUCUGGGUUGGGAAACCUGCCCAACCAACCCGGGCCCUCACCAAACCAGAAAGAUCUGCCGAACCUGCAGGGGCACUCCUUUCUUGGCAAGCACGCACUUACCUAUGGCCCCCCAUUGCUCCGACUACCUUCCCCCCGCGCGCCCUCCUCUGUCCCUGCCCUUUUUCCUGCCCCGAAACCUGCCCCGGUCACCAAGAAAUUUGUUCUCGUGGGGGCUCCUCCUCCCGCUGCUGCCACCGGUGCUGCCACCGGUGCUGCCACCAGUGCUGCUGCUGCAGCUGCUGUCUCCCCUGCUGCCCCUCCUCCUGAUGCUGCUGCUGUCACGCGGAAUCUUUCUCGUGGCAACCCCUUUCCAACGGCUAAAGAGGGGCCUCACGCCCCCCCCCCUCCGCUCGCCCCCCCUCCCCCGCCGUCCAUGCUUGGCUUAUGUGCGGGAAAGGGGGUGGAGCAAUGUGGGAGAGGGAUGGGGGGAGGAAUGGGAGGAGGAAUGGCAGGAGGGGCAGGAGAGGGGGGAGGUGUAAUUCGAAUGGAUGAGUUAAUGUUGAGGGCUAAUAGCGAGACUUUAAGCGCUAGUACACUGUCAGAAGGUGGGCAGCAGCAGCAGGUGGUGCAUGGAUGUGACUAUUCGCAGGGAGGUGACUAUUCGCGUGGUGAUUGUAACGAGCGAGGGUUUUCUAUGGGGAUGGAGUGUGACUCCGCUGAGGGGAAGGUGAGGAGACACCUGAUAAGCACCGGGGGUCAGGGCGAGGAGGCUGAGGGAAAAACAGCAGAAAAUACUGCUGCUGCUGCUGCUGCUGCUGCCCCCGUUGCAUUUUUUCCAUUAUCGAAGGAUGGUGCUGGCAGCAGUGGUGCCGCUGCUGGUACUGCUGCUGCUACUGCUGCUGCUGCCCAUGGUGCUGAUGGUGCUACGCUUUCGCUCCAAUUCAAGACACGCUCGGGUUUUGGAGCCGAUGCCUUUGGGAGAGCAGGUUCAGGAGGAGCGAUGGACGCAAUGGGAGGUUCGGUGUUCAGGUUCGGAUGCGGAUCGGGCCAAGGCUCGCAGCGAGUGCUGAACCAGGAGGAGGAGGAGAAGAAGGCUGGAGCAGCUGAAGGGGCGCAAGAGAUGCAGAUGGUUAACAGCGCUGGCGCUGAUGUGAUUGUACAAGGGGUGACAGUACUUGGUGUGGCUGCACACGGUGUGACUAAUGGGAGCGGCAAUGAGGGGGUGACUGGACAAUGUGACAAUGAGGAGGAUGGCACUAUAAUGAGCGAAGUGGAACAUGGAUUGUGGCUGUCGAGCCUGUCUGACUCCCAGGCCAAGCAGCUCGAGGCGUGGUUUGGCGAGGACCCGAACCUGACUCCAGAGCGGAGGACGAGGCUCGGCAACAGCCUCGGGCUGCAGCCUCAGCAGGUGGCUUCUUGGUUCCACCACCACUCCCUGCAGCACCGGGUGCAGCAGCAGCAGGCGGAGCUGGAGUCCCUCCGGUCGGCCUUCUCUCGUCUGCAAGCGUCAGCGAGUGCGAUCAGCACGGAUUAUGAGCUCUUGAAGGCGGACUACCACACACUGCUGGAUAAGAAGGAAGAGCUGACCAGCAAGCUGUCUGACGUGGCAUCCAGGCUGGCAACAAAGCAUCGCUCCUUGAGCUCUGGCCACCUUCCAGGUGGUUCUGGGGCAGGUGGCACUCGGGCAGUUGGGAUUCGGGCAGGUGGAAAUCGGCCAGGUGGGACUCGGGCAGGUGUUUCUGCGGGAGAGGGAGAAAAGAGGGCAGCAGCUGCAGGACUGGGAAGAAAAUAUAAGGUGGAGAAAGCGGGUGAACAUAAGGUUAAGUUAGAGAACGGGUCAGAAGAAGCAUCAGGAACAAUGAUGAGUGGUGGCUAUGGCGCUCAUAAGGAGCAUGGUGAGUGUGCUACUAUUGCAGUGGAAGAUGCUCCCUCUGCCACGGCUGCUGCUUCCCCUGGCACCGCAGCUGCUGCUGCUGCUGCUGCCGCCGCUGCUGUGGCUGCAGGGAAUGGGAAAGAAGCAGCAGAGAAGGAAAACGAGGAGGAGGAGGGUAGUGCCAAGAGCUUCCAGAACAGCAACCACGAAUCGAGUGCAGGGGAGACAAGGAGCGGCAAGGAGAAGGAGGAGGUGGGUAGCACCGAAAGGCGUGCUCCUGCUGGUGAUGCUGAUGAUGCUGAUGGUGGUGCUGGCGGUUAUGGGAGUAUGGCUGGUGCUCUGGAUGGCAAUGGUUGGCUUAAAGCUUCUGGAAGCACCACACUCUUGCAGCAGCAGCAGCGGCAGCAGCAGGAUCACCAGCCUUCACAGCAUGCUGACGCAGAAGCAGCAGCAGCAGCAGAAGCAGGAGCAGCAGCAGCAGUAGGAGGAUCAGCGGGAGCAGCAGCUGCAGAAGCAGGAGCAGGGGCAGUGGUGGCACUGCCAAUCCCACCAUCGGCACCAGCACUACAAAGCGAGCCUAAUUGCACUGCUGCCGCUGCCGCCACACCUGCUACUUUCUUAGUGUUUGAAUCCCUACAGACCUCUAUCUCGCCGGGUUCCUCCCCCACUCUCUCCUCCAUCUCCCCUCCCGCCUUCUCCCACCACAACUACUCUACUCUCUCACCCACGGACUCCUUGCACUUAGCUAAGAGGCAGAAGAGACGUCGCGACGGGCUGGUGGCAGGACCGCAAGCAGAAGCAUCAGCAGCGGGAGCCACAGAAGCAGCAGCAGGUGGGGCCACAGCAGCAGCAGGAGCGCUAGCAAGCCCUCUUGGUACCUCCCCAACCACCUCUCCUUCCCAACACCAUCCUGAGUUUGGAGCAGCAGGCACUCCUCAAGACAACCGGGGGCUAGUUCUGUCACUAAGUGCCCCUGCCCCCGGUUUCACUGCCGCACCAUCUGCUAUUGCCGAUGCUAGUGCCGCUGCUGCUGCUGUUGACACUGAGGAGCAUAACCGGAGUGACGGCUGCAGAGGAACCCAAAACCCCGAAAUGGCCAGGCCCGCUGUGGCGGCUGUGGCUCCCGUGGCUGACACCUAUAACCCGCAAGAACAAGGUAAAAGCAGCUGGGCGCAAGAUUCGCCUAACUUUACCAAGCUUGAUACCCUAAGAGCCCCCGACCUAUUUCCAGAGCUGCCCAGUAAGCCACCGAACCUGCUGGUCAGGUUCGGAGAGCAUGGAGAUGCCGAGCCUGUUUUUUCUGGAAUGGAGGGCCUUGGGGACCUCAACUCUCCCCACGGAUUCUGGGAAUGAUCCGAAUAAUACAUUGUCUUUUCGUUUGUGUUGUGCUCUUAAGGUUUCUUGCUUGUUUCUGAAGCUAUGUUUGUUUCUGAAGCUGUGAGGCAUGUUUUGCUUUUCUUAUAGUGCUCCUUUCCGGAACAAGGGUAGUUGCACCUUAGUCCUGAGUCCUGAGUUGAGCUUCUGCGAAAAAAGAGCAACGUGUUCGUGC